AUGAAGCCAAGCAAUGAGGAAGGUGUGCCAAGGCUUCUUAGGUGGAUCAUCAGCGAUGUCAGUAAUACAAUCGAGAAAGAACUGAAUGAUUGCAUGAAAAAGGAGGAUGAGGAGGAUGGGGAGGGGCACAAAGAAGAUGAUGAGAUUGAGGAGGAUGAGGAGGAGGAGGAGGAGGAGGAGGAGGAGAAGGAUGACGAGGUUGAGGAGGAGCACAAGGAAGAUGAUGAUGAUGGUGAUGACAAUGAUAAUGACAAUGACAAGGAGGAGCACAAUGAAGAUGGUGACGUGCAUGAUCAUAAUUAUGAUGAUAAUAAUGAUGAUAAUGGUGAUAACAAUUACAAGGAGGGUAGAAAGGGUGGUGAUACGCAUGAUCAUGACAAUGACAAAGAGGGUAGCAAAGGUGGUGAUGACGAGCAUGGAACUGAAUAUGAAAGGAAUGAAGUUCCGUCUGAAACUCCUGAAAAGCAAAGCACUCCUUCACCAAAGACCAAUGAGGCAAAUGAAGAAGAGGAUGGCAAGGGUGGAACAAGCCGAGGAGUUGAGUCUGAAACUGGUAACAAGCCGAGCACUCUUCUGCCAAAGGAAGUUGAAAUCGCUGAAGGUCAAACUGAUGAAAUUGACAAAGUAGCUGGGUGUGAAGCUGCUAACAAGAAAAGUACUUCAAUGCCAAAGACAAGUGUAAUCAAUGAAGAUAAACAAGACCAAGUGAACCUUGAUGACCAGAAUGUGAUGGAUGGCACUCGAACAGCUGAAAUUGAUGAAGUUACUAUAAUUGCAGCUGAAGCCAUAUGUCACUUGGAUCCUAAAGAAGUACUUUUACUCACACAAGGAGAAGAAUCACAGAAUGAGACUUAUACAUCAAUUGAGGACCUUCUAGAUAACUUAUCUGAAACUGUGUUCGUAAAGCUUGAAAAAAGUUGUUACAGAACGACACCAUCUGAAGUGAAGGAAAAGAUGGAAACCCUGAUUCGCCACGAUUGUCCAAGCUUUGCAUUAUUGAGCCAAGAAUAUCCAAAAGAAGAGUCGUCGCAAAAAUCAUUAUCCAAUGAAUAUGUACGAGAAAGGAUCAUUGAAGAAGCAGUGCAGUUCAUUCAACAAAAUCCUAGUGAAUUCUUUAGCAUCCAAGAGGUAGAAGAAGAGAAGACGACUCCAGUGAGGACAAGAGCAGGGAGGAUGAAGGAAGCAGAGAUGUUGAAGACACAAGCCGCUGGUAAGUUUUCCAAGACACCACAAAAGAGAAAUGCAAAAAGAAAGCUAGAUCCUGAUUUCACUGCCGAGGGUAAAACCAAACGAGUUAUGAUAAAAGCAGAUCCAAAAGGCAAGGGGAUCAAAGAGGGACAAGAACCAGGUUAUCCUGCGCCAAUAAAGAGAAAAGGAGAUGUAUAUUGUCCUCAUAAUCCGUUGCCAGAUGUUCGUCUAUCACCACUAUACCAAGCUAUGCAAGCAGGACAGGACAAAAAAAGCGUACACAAAUUCUUUGACUAUGCAAGCCUGGAGUAA